AUGUCAAGUGCUGAAUGCUUCAAGAACCCACCAGUACUGGGCCCAACAUCUGGAGCAGGGACUCUCCUAGAACUGGGGGGACUUAAAACCUACUUCACUGGCCCAAGUGAAUCCAAGCAUGCCAUCCUUCUAGUCUCAGAUGUUUUUGGGUAUGAAAACCUAAAUUUAAGGAAACUUGCGGAUAAAGUUGCUGCAGCUGGAUUUUUUGUGGUAAUUCCUGAUUUCUUUUAUGGUGAUCCUGUUAAUCUUGACAAUCCGCAAUUUGAUCGAGACUCGUGGCAUAAAGCUCACAGCAGGGAGAAAGGAUAUGAAGAUGCCAAACUAGUGACUGCUGCUCUGAAGAGUCAAGGCAUUUCUGCCAUAGGAGCUGCAGGCUUUUGUUGGGGAGGGAAUGUGGUGGUGAAACUAGCAAAGACCAAUGACAUUCAAGCUGCUGUAAUUUUGCACCCUGGUCGGUUGACAGAUGAGGAAAUAGUUGAGGUUAAGGUUCCAACUGCAAUAUUGGGAGCUGAGAUUGACAAAACUUCACCCCCGGAACAAAUGAAACAUUUUGGAGAGAUUUUAUCAACUAAAUCUGAGUUUAAUAGCUUUGUGAAAAUAUUUCCUGGAGUGGCUCAUGGAUGGACAACAAGGUACAAUGCUGAGGAUGAAUCAGCAGUCAAGAGUGCUGAAGAGGCUCAUUUGGACAUGUUAAAUUGGUUUACCAACCUCCACAACCCUAAGGGCCUUGGCAAACUCUCUUACUUCAUGAUAGAGGAAUAUGGUUAUGUCGCCUAA